GACGAUCAAGUUACCUUCCUCCAAAACCUUGACGACAGAACAAAUAUUUAAUCAACUAGUAAAUCAAAUAGUAAAAUUGUCAAAAAGAAAUCAGAUAUCCCGAAUUCCUCAAACAUUGGUCGAAAGAAAUUUUCAAUAAAAACGAGAAUGGAUAUGAAAAACGGCUCGGGAGACUGCGGCUCGAAGCAGAAACGCAUCCCGGUACCGUCCAGCAGGAAGUUCAACGCUCGCGCGCCCCCCAUGGAGGAGGAGGUCAGGAUGCAGCUCAAGACCGCCAUGGAAGUCAUGGACGAGAGCGUCCAGACUCGAAAAAUCACCAAGGCGCGCACCGUCGCCGAGAUCCACCCCACCAAGACGAAAGUCAAGCGGAGGUCGCUCGACGCCACCACCGCGGACGAGGUGACCGUGCACGUGACGCCGCGUCGCCAGCCCGACGAGGAGGACGCGUCGCCGGCGUCUCCGCACCUGCAGGAGAGCAUCGCUUGCCGCUUCUACCGCCGUCUGCUGCUGAACGCUUGGCGUCGUUCCCGCCAUCAGCUUACCGCCAUCGACGACGCGUCCCGGCGCCAGAAGGAACAGAUAGCACAACUUGAAAUGCAGAUAACACUUUUGAAGAAGUUGAACAAGACAGAAAGUGAAAAAAGGAAUGACGCCUUAUUGGAGUGUCAAAACACCAAAAGUACAUUGGAAAAGGUAGAAGUCCAUAAUCAAGUCCUUACAAAGGAACUAGAUUUCUUAAAGAUGGAACUUGAAAAAAAUGAAAACCACGUGCGCAACGCCCAAUUGGAGAUAGACCAGCACAAUAAUAUGAUCGCCAUUUUGGAAGAAAAUCUUAGGAUCAAGAUGGCGGAGCGUGACACCCUUCAACAAGAGCUUAAAAUGAGCAACGGCGUCAUAAAAAUCCUGAACAAAAAGGUGAGCACCAUGGAGAACGUCUUGACCAACACCAAAGAAAUGUUGAAGGAGACCCAGGAGGAGUUCUCUUUCAAAUUCAACGAAUGCGAGGAAUUGACCAGCCAACUGGAGGACAAAACUGAUGAGAAUGAGCUGUUGGAGAAAGAACUGAAGAUGUACAAAGAUCAACUGUGGAAUUUGGAGCAGCACAUUGAGGUGUUGCAGGACGAAUUAGCCGACAAUGUGGCUAGAUUGGAUUUGAUACGUCGCGAGAACGAAUCUAUGAAGAGUGAAAUCGAGGAUGUUAACUGCGAGCUUAUGGAGGAGAAGAAAAGUUCAUGGUGGAAGAGCACCAAGCAACUGGCUACUUUGUCUUUGAAUGCUUUGGAAACUGCCGCUCAAAUAAUGUUGCCGGCUUAUUUAGAUUAGACUUUACAAGUUGACUGUUUUCGAUAGUAUUUAUCUAGUGAAAUAUUAUAAUUCACAUUUUUAUACUAUUUUAUUACAAUAAAGUUGAUUGAGUGAUACACACAA